AAAUGACAAUAAAUUUACAUUACUCUUCUUCACUCUCAAUUGUCUUUUCAUUCUUAUUCUGCUGCUCAGAAGAAAAAUGGCAAAAAUGGUCAUUUUUACAUUGCCAAUUUUGCUGGAAUUGCUCUGUUUUCUAGCUAUGAAUGUCGGUGCUUUUUCUCCUUCUGGUUGGACCAAGGCUCAUGCUACAUUUUACGGAGGAAGUGAUGCUUCAGGAACUAUGGGUGGAGCUUGUGGAUAUGGUAACUUGUAUUCAAGUGGGUAUGGCACAAGUACUGCUGCUUUAAGUACUGCAUUAUUCAAUGAAGGAGCUUCAUGUGGGCAAUGUUACAAGAUUAUGUGUGAUUAUCAAGCUGAUUCAAGAUGGUGCAUUAAAGGAUCGUCUGUGACCAUCACUGCAACUAAUUUCUGCCCUCCUAAUUUUGCUCUUGCAAACAACAAUGGUGGCUGGUGUAACCCUCCGCUACAACAUUUUGAUAUGGCUCAACCUGCUUGGGAAAAGAUUGGCAUUUACAGAGGCGGCAUUGUCCCUGUUUUGUUCCAAAGGGUUCCGUGCGUGAAAAGAGGUGGAGUAAGAUUUAGCAUCAACGGAAGAGACUAUUUUGAGCUAGUGUUGAUCAGCAACGUGGGCGGAGCAGGAUCCAUCCAAUCUGUAUCAAUCAAGGGCUCAAAAACAGGGUGGAUGCCUAUGUCCAGAAAUUGGGGAUCUAACUGGCAAUCAAAUUCCUAUCUCAACGGUCAAUCUCUGUCUUUUAAGGUUACAACUACAGACGGAGUCACCAAAUCUUUUCUGAACGCUGUUCCAUCAAAUUGGGCAUUUGGUCAGACAUUUUCAAGCUCACUGCAAUUCUAACCAGCUUUUAAAAGUUGGUUCAGAAGGGUUUGCAUUGGCUGUGGCGUGCUCAUGAUUUUAUAAUAGAGCAGCCCGCUAUAUUCUUUUCUUCAAUGUUACUUUUAAUUAUUUUUGAUAUAUUGAAAUAUAGUUGCACCAAAAUAAGAGUCACUAUGAAAUUGGGGCUUAGCUUUUGUAAUAUGAACUUUAUUUGGUUUAUUUUGUGAAAUUUAUACUUUAUGAGCUUGUAAUAUCAAUCUUUCUUUGUUAUUUAA